AUGAGCCUCACCGAUACUCCUGCAGGCUCUGGCCGCAUCGAGCGUUUCAAGGUCGACUUGUCCAGAAACGUGCCAAGAAUGCUCGAUCUGGUGAAGAAUACCAAGUUGCCCGGCAAGCCCGUGUAUUCCGAUCUUGAAGCAUCGGCCGGUAUCGACCUAGACAUCCUGAAGCAACUGCAGAAGGAAUGGAUUGAUGACUUUGACUGGAAAGCGGAGGAAGAAGAUAUAAACAGAUACAACCAUUUCACCACGACCAUUGAGGACUUGAAGAUCCAUUUCAUCCACGAACGUUCUGGCGAACCGGAUGCGAUCCCACUCCUGCUCUUGCACGGCUGGCCAGGCUCCUUCCUGGAGCUUCUACCUGUCAUUAAGCCUCUCACGCAGACAGCAAAAACAUCCACCGGAAGAGACGUCUCGUUCGACGUCAUCGUCCCCUCGCUCCCUGGGCACGUCUUCUCUCAGGCUCCGCCGGCAAAUUGGACCACUGACGACACGGCUCGCAUCUUCCAUACACUCAUGACAGACGUAUUGGGCUAUAAAACCUUCGCUGUCCACGGUACCGAUUGGGGCUGCGUGAUCGGCUAUGCUCUGUACGAGCAGUAUACCGCGGCCACUCGGGCAGCACACUUUACUUUGAUCCCCUUCUUCCCCAUGCUGCCUGAGCAGCUCGCAGCUAAUGACAUUACGCUCACUCCAGAGGAGCAAUUCCAGGAGGAUCGUUUCAUACAAUGGAAUACGACGGGAAACGGCUAUUUCGUCAUCCAGGCCACGAAGCCCAACACGAUCGGACUGGCAUUACAGGACAACCCCAUUGGCCAACUGGCGUGGAAUGCCCAGCAAGUUAUUGACUGUAGGGUCCGAUCCACGAGCGGGAACGGGUUCGUCCGUGCUAACUAA